ACUGUGCUGUCACGAUUUAAUGUAUUUUUUUACGAACGAAAAUGCGGUACCAGUUUAAUUUAGCAGAAACUGUAACACGAAAUAAAUAACCUAAGUGAAACUCGAACCCAUGAAACUGCUUGUUAAAAGAAAGAUUUGGAGAUACUUAGAGUCUAUUGUCCUGACAACAAUAUGGAAUUCUUUGAGAAUCAUGGUUCUAUAUUAAGAUCUAGCAUGAGUAAUGCGGGACAAAAGUUCGCACCCAACAGUCUUCUAAAAAUAACUUCUAAACGAACUUAAAAUAAUAUCGUUGUUACUUGCUAAACUUUUUCCUAUCAUGUUACCUUCAAAACGUAGUACUAGAUUUGUUCGAGUUCCUUUUGCAGUUCUAGUAAUCUAGUAAUGUUUUUAUUACAAGUAGGAUCUUCAAUGUAAACGUUUGCCCAUACUGGGGGCAAAAGUUCGCAUUAUGCGGAGCAAAAGUUCGCACAUGAUGAAGGAUAGUUUAUUGGUCUGAAGUGCAUUUAUUUCAACUAAAUUCAAGUUCAAGCUCCAGGUGAUCCUAUGAUCAUUUCAGGGGAAUUCCAGCUUCCGAGGAGGGCCACGGGUCCUUAGGGGGUUUCAUGGGUGUUCAUAAGGUUAUAUGAGCGUUUUCAUAGAGUUUCAAGGAGUUUUGGAAGGUAAUGCGGUUGCAAGGGCGUACGGGAGAGACGUUUGAAAAGAGAGGCGUUCCAGAGUGUUGAGGACAACCCUAUCGCGCCGUACCAACCGGUACUGCGCACGCCGCUGUGCUCGCACUCGGCAGCAUAGCUGUCACUGUGUGAUGCUGGAGAUGCGCAUCAAUGAAUGAUUUUAAUGUGGUUGUCGUUGUAUUGUUUUUGUAUAGUUUGUAUCAGUUUGUUUACGUACCAAUGUAGUAUCGUUUUGUACCUUUUAGCGUGUCGUAAUAAAUUAGUUAUUUUAAUUGUAUCGCGCGCGUUUUAAUCCCCAAUGUAGGAACUAUCCGAGAGUGAUAAUCGGGGGAUUUCCGAGGUGCAAAAGUGGCGACGAGGAUGGGAUACCGGUCUACACGGCAAACCGGUUGCAACGUUUCGCCCUUCAUCUGCUUCUCUACGAUUUCGAAAUUGAGUACGUGCCCACCCACAAGUUCGGCAAUGCGGACCUGCUUUCCCGGUUGAUCAACCAGCACGUCAAACCCGAAGAGGACUACGUCAUCGCGAGCCUCAACCUGGAAGAGGAUCUCAGGUCAGUUGUAACUAAUACAGUUAAAGUGUUGCCUCUCAAUUUCAGAGCCGUCGCGCAAAGCACCCAAGCAGACCCACUGCUCCGGAAAGUCUACCACCACAUCCAACACGGUUGGCCCGAAUCCAAACUCUCGGGUUCCGACAUCCAACGGUUCCAAGCACGCAAGGAAUCGCUCUCGGUGGUAGAUGGGUGCAUCAUGUUUGCCGAACGGCUCGUCAUCCCGUCGCUGCUCCGCAAGCGAUGCCUCGAACAGCUUCAUCGUGGUCAUCCCGGCAUGCAGCGUAUGAAAGCCCUCGCCCGAAGCUACGUGUACUGGCCCAGCUUGGAUGCCGACAUCGUCAACUUCGUCAAGGCAUGCCAACAGUGUGCGUCCGUAGCCAGAUCGCCUCCUCACUCUCCACCGGUGCCGUGGCCCAAGCCGACCGCUCCCUGGCAGCGCGUCCACGUCGACUACGCCGGCCCGAUCGAAGGCGAGUACUAUUUGAUCGCCGUCGACGCCUUCUCCAAGUGGCCAGAGAUCAUCCAAACGACCCGAAUCACCUCAGCGGUGACGAUUACCAUUCUCCGUGGGUUGUUUGCUCGGCUGGGUAUGCCCGUAACACUAGUCAGCGACAACGGUACCCAGUUCACGAGCGCCGAGUUCGCCGAUUUCUGCGCCUCCAACGGCAUCGAGCACCUCACGACGGCCCCGUUCCAUCCACAGUCGAAUGGCCAAGCGGAGCGAUUCGUGGACACAUUCAAGCGGGCCGUGAAGAAGAUUCGAGAGGGGAGAGGAUCGAUACAGCAAGCACUGGACACCUUCUUGUUGACGUACCGAAGCACGCCCAACCGGGCGCUACCUGACCAGAAGUCGCCAUCCGAGGUCAUGUUCGGGCGCAAAAUCCGUACGUGUCUCGAGCUUCUGCGUCCUCCACCGGUACGUACACCAGUGCAACCGUCCGACGACAAGAAACCGAGAUCGUUCUGCCGGAACGCCACCGUCUACGCCAAGUUCUACGGCCGAAACGGUUGGAAAUGGGUUCCCGGCACAGUCGUCGAGAAAAUCGGAGACGUUAUGUACAACGUGUGGGUUGAAGAUCACCGAAUGCUGCGCUCCCAUAUCAAUCAGCUCCGGAGUCGCCAAGCUGCUGGCACGACACCGAAGCAACCCGUCAGGCAGGCCGCCUCCAGCCAGCAUUCGUUGCCGCUCGACAUCCUGUUGGGUGCCUGGAAUCUCCCAAGUCGACUAUCAGGCACGCCGACACCGUCGCUUGUCCCGAGCGCCUCUGCAUCGUCACCUACGUUGGGACCAGUCUCCAGUCCAGAGCCUACCCUGCUAGGUUCUCCGCCGGCCCGUGCGUCGUCUACGCCACGGCACGAGGCCCCGGCGACUCCGUCCAUGUCAUCGUCAGGUACAACGUCAACAUCUACCGAAUUCGAAUCCGCUGUCGAAGUUGAACCGGUGGUAGAUCUCCCUAGGCGUUCUUCACGGACUCGAAGACCGCCAGUCAGGUUCGACCCCUACCACCUCUAUUAAGAGGGGAGAUGUUGAGGACAACCCUAUCGCGCCGUACCAACCGGUACUGCGCACGCCGCUGUGCUCGCACUCGGCAGCAUAGCUGUCACUGUGUGAUGCUGGAGAUGCGCAUCAAUGAAUGAUUUUAAUGUGGUUGUCGUUGUAUUGUUUUUGUAUAGUUUGUAUCAGUUUGUUUACGUACCAAUGUAGUAUCGUUUUGUACCUUUUAGCGUGUCGUAAUAAAUUAGUUAUUUUAAUUGUAUCGCGCGCGUUUUAAUCCCCAAUGUAGGAACUAUCCGAGAGUGAUAAUCGGGGGAUUUCCGAGGUGCAAAACAGAGGUAUUCCAGGGGGUGUCAGGAGCGUUCCAGGGAUCUUCAAGGGGUUUCAGAGGCGUUACACGGAAUUUCAUAAGCGUUUCAUAGGCGUCCUAAGGGGUGUCAGUGGCGCCCCAGCGACGUUCCAAGGGGUUUUAAACGGUUUCAUGGGUAUUUCGUGAGUUUUCCAGGAGGUUCGUGAGGUUUCGUGUUCAAGGGGUUUCAAAGGCGUUUCAAGGGAUUUCAAAAGGUUUCAGGAGCGCUCCAGGAAUUUUUGAGAGGAGUUUCAGGGAUGUUCCAAGUGGUUUCAGAGGCGUUCCAUGGGGUGUUAGGGGUUUUCCAAAGGCGUUCUAGAAGGUUUCAUGAGGUUUCAGCGAGUGUCAGGAGCGCUCCGUGGAUUUUGAAGUGGUUUCACAGGCGCUCCAGGGAGUUUCAGGGGGUUUCAGAAGCGUUCCAGAGGUGUCAUGAAUGUUUCAAUGGAUUUCAGGACUGUUUCAAAGAGUUCUAGAUGUUCCAGGGAGAAUCUGGAGUUUUCAAGCAGGUGGGGCGUUCAAGCAGGUUUCAGCGGUUUUCAUGGGGUUGCAAUGUCGUUCCAGGGCGACAUCACUAGAAACCCUGAAAAAUCCUGAAACUUCCUUUAUUACCCCUUUAAAUUUUCUCUUAAUCUCCUCUAAAUUCUCUGAUAUCCCUUAAAAAUCCUCGAACCUCCACUGAAAUAUCCCUGAACCCCCCUUAUUUAGAAGCCCUAAAGAACCCCCGAGAAUCACUCCGAAACCAUUCCAAAACUCCCAUGGAACAUGAAAAUGAAAAUCUGACUAAUUUGUAACAGAAUAAAUUUCGACUACAGGAAUCAACCGUUCAACAACUGACUACUUUCUGGUUAACGAUGUUCAUAGAUAAUUCAAUGUUCUGAACUGCGCGGCAAACUGGGUCAAAAUCCAAAUUUUCGUUAAUUUUGGUGACCGGGAACCUAUUUAAAAAUCAAUUUGAAGUUUGUAUGGGAGCGAUUUGUUGAAUCGCCCCCGUGUAAUUUUGUACAGGGCAGAGCUGCCAAGCAGUUGCUCAGAUGUCAAAAGGUAAUAUCAAAAAAUCUAUUUGAAACAGGCCUUGAAAUUAAUUUCAGGUGUCAAAAUGAAGUUGUAAAAGUCUGAAAAAAAAUCGUAGAAAAAGCUGCUAUUUCGUGUAAAUUUUAAUUUUUUUUAAGUUUUAAAACAUAAUUGGCGAAAAUCGGUAAAAAUUAGGAUGAGCUUGCGUUCAAAAUUUGGGUUCCAGACAUCCAACACAAUGCACAGUGGAAAAAAUCGACCCAAAAAACGGAUCUUUUAACGCCUCUGGUUUCGGUACGUGAAGGUUACCAUUUCUGACGUAAAAAAGCACGAAAAAUCGAUUGGUGCUAAAUUCACUCACUGCACGCCACGGGAAGUGGUCUAUUUUGCUCCAUUUUGCCCUUUUUUCAUACAAGAAGAGAAUCAAAAUGUACUUUCAAACAACAAACACGACUGAAGAUCAUUUUAAAUUGCAGCAGGUAUAAUAAGAAGUUACUAGCAAUCUUAAAAAUACACGAAAGGUCCUUUUAAAUGCUUAUUUCGCCUCAUAUGCCCCAACAACUGCUGGAAAUACGCACUUCUUCAAAUUUUGACAUUACAAUGGCAAACCAAGAACAGAAAAACAAUAUGGUUGAGAAUUGCAAAAUAUAACAUUAUUGGAUUAUUGAAAAUAGAACAAUAUAAAAAUUAGCUAUUCGCCAGUCAACCAAAAAAAUUUCAAAAGUAAUCAUUAGAACACAGACAAACAGACGUAACACUCUUCAAAACGGCUUGGCACAUGCAUUUAACGAUCAAUUCAAAUAACAUUUGAUUUGCGCGAUCGUUCCACCAGAUGCGCUAGUGUUUGAUCGCUUUGACGUUUGUCAGUGUACACGUUGCUGAAUGAUGCAAACGAAAAUUACAGGUAAUUUGUGUAGUAGUGUGCGUGUCAGCAAAACGUCAAAUCGAAAUCCAUCAUGGCCGACAGUGUCGCGCGCGGUUCUACCAACAGAUGGCAGUGUGCUCAUGAAAAUGACACUGUGCAAAAGUUUUUGAUGAAUUUCCUCUAAGAGUUACGUCUGUUUGUCUGUGAUUAGAAUAACCAAAAUUCAAAUUUUGUCAUUAUGUUGUUCUUAAUAAGUGCCGAAACUGCGAUGGUUCAUCAAACUCAUAAGAAGUCGACAAUAUCUCACCAAUUGCAAAAUUUGUUAUGAUAGCAAAAUAAGACAUUCAAUAGUUAUUUUUCCCAGCCUCUUGUCACCGCAAUACUGCCCCACAGGAAAAUAACGAGCCAACAUCUUUGGUUCCCACUUUCAGCCGCCCCGUUGAACACAAUAGCGGCGGCUCGGGCGGUUGGUUCCCCAUGACAGCGCAAAGUUUGUAAACAAACACAAUUCCAGGAGCAAUAAUUGAAAACGGCGAAACAUUUUACACAACAGAUUUGUUUUUUUCACUUUUUAAAACAGUUAGUUAAGGCAAAACAUGACUUUUAAUUUCUUAAUUAUUUAUUUCAUAAUGAAGUCGUUAUGGUACCAGCUCGUUUUCUUCACGGGGAGAAAGUUUUCAUAAAAUUUAGAAUUGUUAUUGAUAUGAUUCAGCCACAGUCAAUUAUCGUUCCUGCAUUUUGAUGCUGACCUGGAAAACAUGGCCGCGUGACAGGAGGCUGAUUUUUCCAAAUUUGAUAAAUGACAAGCGAAUGGCAUAUUUUUAUAUGAUAUCAUAUUAUGCUAUUGCCAUGUUGUUUUAAGCUCUUCAUGAAGAACUCAUGAAUGACAAAAUAAGUUAUGACAAUAAAAUGUGUUGUUCUUGUGUUUUUGGUUUGCUAUUCACCUUUACCCGGGAAGUGACAAAAAGGCAAAAAUAAUAACUAGGUACAUAUUUAGCAUUGACAAUUUUGACAUUACAGAAUUACAAUUGCAAACCAAGAACUAAAAGUUUCGAGGUUGAGAAUUGCAAAAUAUACCAUUAAUGGAGUUAUUGAGAAUAGACAAUAUCAUAACUAGUUAUUCUCUUGACAAUCAAUAGAAGGUUUAAUUGAGUUGUUUAUUCCAAUAGCAAGCUAAUAGUUUCUCGGAUAGAAAGUAAUUCCAAACUAAUGUCAAAUAGUUCCAUUUAAACUUGAUGUUCCACCCGCAAUUCAUAACAACUGCAAUGCAUUACAUCACACCGCAAAAGCAUAAAACAACGUACAUGCGAUGCAAACAUAUGUCCACUGCAUAUGUAGUGGUUUUUUGGCACAUACUCAAAUGAAAGAUUCCGCCAUCAGCAACCGGUUUGCGUUUAAGUUUGCUUAUCUGUACUAAGAUAAAGAAAAGCUAAAGCAUGAACAAUGUUUUUUUUUUUUUGCACAAUGUGCGUAUGUCCAUCCACUUUUUUCCAGCAUAUGAGUGACACCAGCACUACCGUCGUGCGAUAUCACCUCGCAUAUCGCUCGUCAUUAAUGUGUCCAGAGUAUUAAUAAUAACUAUAAUAACGACACAUUCUAUGAACCCUAAAAAACUGCUUCAUCAUGUGG